AUGAGUGACGCCAAGUGUGACGCCUAUAAUGAUUCUCUGAGUUUGUACGAACGGAGGAAAGAUAUUGUACUCACUGUGGAAAUGGAUGGCAAGUGUACGUCUAAGCGUGAGAAUAAAAAGGUCAAAGGUGAUCCAGUGAAUGUGAAACUGACUAUCUCACUGAUGGAUAUGAUGGCUCAAGUGCUAGUAGAGACCUUAAGAGAGGAAUUCAGAGAACAAGCCUCGUCCGCACUAGGAUUCUUGUAUCCACCAGAUCAAUCUGUGUCAGGUUUAGCUGGAUUCGCACACGACUCCCUCAUUUGGGGAAUGUUCACCGCUCUUCUCAACAGAAUCCACCCCAACUUGUUCGUCUCCAGAUCCAGGGAGUUCACUCUUGUUAAUCUGUACAGUGACGGAACAACUCAUCCUAAUACUAGGAGUUAUCCUACUGCUGAUAUGAAACCUAUUGGGUGGCCAGGUAUGUUUGGUGUGGAGAGCCCGCCUAUAUCAGAGUUCAACACAACACAUGUCAUGAAGAAUUCUUCCUUCCUGAUAAACGAUGGCCCGUGGCAUGACAUUGUUAACAGAUACACUUUCAAGGAUAAUAGGCCAUUUGGUAGUGUACCUCACAGAAUAAAGAUAUUUCAGGAUGGCAAAUGGAAGGCUCUUGCGGGACUCCUGCCUCACAGAAGAAAGAUUGAACGGGACAGUAGAAACUAUGAGCAGGAAGCGGCGAAGUUGUCUUCAGAGUUACACUUCGACUCUUUUGGGAAUAGUUUGGAAACUGGCGUGCCUUUUUACGACAAGUACAAGUUUAUCCGUUAUUCACGAGCUGAACAAGGUCAUGUUAUUGCUGACGAAACGUCAUGUGGAUACGAUCACCUCAUUUGUUACUGGAGACGUAGGAUUAAAUGGAUAAUCACGAUCGCCACCAGUGGGUCUGUGGGGGCUAUUUUAGUGUUUGGACCUCUGAUAUACCUGUUCUUUCGGUGGAGAAAAUUCAACACUGAAAUCAACGCCAUGCGAUGGCGUUUAAAGGACUCGGAGGUGACUUUCAGAUAUCAGUACACGGAUGAACAAUCCGCCGACUCAGAUGCCUGCAGCAGCUCGAGUGAAAGUUCAGAUGAGUCUAUAACAAAUAUUGAAGCAAUUGACGGGCUCAUUAUGCCAACUCUUACCAUUAGAAAAGGAUCAGAUCAUGUUCCUAAUCGAUUAGGAAUCGAUUAUAAUCGGAGAAAGUCCAACUUCUCUGGAGUGAGAGAUAGACGAACAAUGCCCACGGCCUCGGCUACUGGAAAUUGUCGGAGAAAAUCAUAUUUUGUUAAGAAUGAUCCACCAGGCAGUUUUCUGAAACUUACUAAGAAUAACGAGGGAUCCACGCUCUCAGUUGAAUCUGAAGAGGACACUAGAGAUUACAUUUACACUGAUUUAGCAGUGUAUAAUGACCAUGAGUGGGCUGCUAAGGAACUCUCUCGUGCUGCUACUUAUAUUAUUAAAGGAAGUGGUAGAAACUUCAGGAUUGAAAUGAAGGAGUUACUUGAACUAAAGCACAAGAACCUCACUAAACUGUGUGGAGUUGUGUACAAUAAUAACCUUGCUGGCUACAUGUUCCUAUCACAAUACUGUAAAAGGGGCUCCCUCAAGAAUGUUCUGGAAGACAAGGACUUUAUAUUCGAUCUGGAGAUCAAGCUGAGUUUCAUCUGUGAUAUGAUACACGGUAUGGAAUAUCUACACAACCACAGGAGUAUUGGAUCCCAUGGUUACCUCAAGUCUUCAAAUGUUGUGGUUACUGGAUGUCUCACCGCUAAAAUAGCUGACUUUGGAACCUUGUGCAGGGUAACUGACACAGAAAAGUUGGAGGAGCUGGGUGAAACUUCAGCUAACAUCCAUUCUAUGUGGUCAGCCCCGGAGAUAUUGAGAGAGCAGAUUCAGCAAUCUGUGUUUGGGACCAAGGAAGGAGAUGUUUAUAGUUUUGGUAUAAUAUGUCACGAGAUAUUGGAGUAUAGUGGACCUUUCAACACACAUGACCAUCAUGGACUAGAUGCACAGGAAGUAGUGACUCUAGUAAGAAAGUGUCACUCCAAGUCCCCGUACCGGCCUGCGUACAGCGUGAACCCCAACAUGGAAACCAAAGAACGAACAGCUGUCAACAUGUCUCUCCAGUGUUGGAGUGAGGACCCGGAGGAGAGGCCUAGUUUUAGGGGUCUACUCCGCGACAGAGUCCCUGAUAUUACCAGUAUCAGGAAAUCAGUAGUUGAACAUGCCCUGGAAACAGUAAAGAAGUACAGCAAGAAAAAGGAAAAGAAGAUCGCGCAGCUGGAUUCUGAGUUGAGAUCGAUAAGAGGCGAUAUUGGACGGCUUCGACUGCAGAUUCUGCCUUGGGAAGUAGCUGAGAACAUCGAGGAAGGUAUUUAUCCGGGAGCUGAGUCACUACUGUCCUCAUCUAUAAUGUGCAUAGAGAUUACUGGAGGAUUAGAACUACUAGAAUCCGGUGUAUCAUCCAGAGAUGUUUGGGCGGCACUUCAAGCUAUAAGGGACGAGAUAUAUAGCUUUAUCAAUUACUACCCUGGAUUAUUUUGUACACUAGCAACAGAAAGCCUGUACGUGAUAAUAGCUAACGGAGUUAACCAGUACAGAGAUAACGUGACGGUAAUACUGCGCCAACUCUACAAGGAGCUGGUAAUAUUUGUUAAGAAGUUGGAGCUGCCUAGGGGGAGGCUGCGGGUCAGAGCUGGCAUGGACUCAGGGUGCGUGGAUACAGGCGUAGUCGGAGACCAGGUUCUUUCUUACCAGAUUUUUGGACCUGUCUACACGAUCGCUGAUAUGAUGCGGAGUAAUGCUGAUCCAGGGAAAUUAUUAGUGUCUGAAAACUCUAAAAAGUUGCUUAAAUCCGAUAAUUUUAAAGAAACAGGAGCGUAUAAAUAUAGGCAUAGUGUGUACUAUCAGCCUGGCCAGAAUUUGAUAGCGUCGUAAUUCCUUUUAUUCAGUAUUUGAAC